AUGUCAAGCUUCGAUGAAGACAUCUUCCUGGCUAUCGAACAAAGAGAAUGGACAGUCGAGUGCACAUCAAGCACCAGUGGAUUCGUACUUGUCGACUGCUUCUUCAAAUCAAUUGAAAAAGAUCCCAUCGAGGAAACGUUUUUCUUCUCCAGCAACAAUAUGGUCAUGUGCGGCGAGAACGCUGACGCCGGCGAGCCUGUGAUUGACUACUGUAACAACCUUGCUUAUCGACUUGCGACGCAUGUCGACAUCCCGAUUCGCCAGGGCGAAAAUGCCCGAGACAUCAUCGACAUUGCCAAGGACAUUAGCUCAUUUCUCAUGUCAGAGACCAUCGAAAACAACGAAUGCAUCACAGACUGCAGCUACAAAUCCAGAUUGCUCAAAAGACGAGCGGAAAGCUUCAGUUGGGAGAAGCAUAAAUAUUUUAUUGGACUUGGCGUGAUUGUGCUUUUUGCAAUGCUGCUGAUCGGUUUGCUUGUGAAGAAACUACUCAGAAAAAGAAGCCGGGAAAUAACACGUGACAACGUUAACUCCAGCCAAGAUGACUCCCUGCUUCGAACUGCGUAG